AUGGCCAUUGUUGCUGUCUCUGGUGGAACCGGUAAAGUGGGCCGGGCGAUUGUUGAAGCCUUGAAGAGCAAGACCAGCCAUACAGUCUCUGUUUUGGCGAGAAGUGCAAACGAUCAAUUGUCUCAGACGCUGGGCGUCCCCAUUAUCCCGGUCGACUAUUCGAAUGUUGUGUCGUUGGGAAAGGUGUUGGAAGAGAACAGAAUAGACACUAUCAUCUCCACUGUUCCCAUUUCCGAUGCUUCAGCAACCGAAUCUCAGCUCAACCUCAUUGACGCUGCUAUCAAAUCGCCAAACACCAAGCGUUUUAUUCCUAGUGACUUCGGUAUCAUGUAUAACGAAGCUCAUGCUGCAGUAUUUCCACCUAUCAAGGGUAAAAUAUUGGCAGCGGAAAAGUUGAAGUCUUCUGGUCUGGAAUACACUCUGAUUUCAAACGGGUUCUUCAGGGAUUACUAUGGCCUCCCCAAAGUGAAGAGCUACCUGCAGCCUUUUGUCUUCGCUGUCGACAUCGCAAACAAUACUGCAGCGAUUCCUGGAUCUGGUAACACACCUGUGGCAUUCACACACACAUUCGAUGUUGCCCAGUAUGUGGCCGCGCUCGUGGGCGAGGAAAAGUGGAAUGAAAGAAGCAUCAUCAUCGGCGAUAAGUUAACAUGGAAUGAUUUUGUCUCCCUUGCUAAAACCACCAAAGGGACCAAAUUUGACGUUAAAUACGACAGCGAGGAGAAACUGAAGACUUUCCAAGUGACUGAACUUCCAUCGCAUCCUCCCGUGUAUCCUUUCCUUCCUAAGGAGCAGCUUCAAUAUAUCUUGGCUGUAUUCGGCCAAUGGACUGAGGCAGGAGCCUUUAACCUGCCCGAGGCGGAUACCCUCAACAAGCGAUUCCCAGAGAUCAAGCCCCUUUCCAUGAUUGAACUGCUGCAGCAAGCUUGGAAAGCAUAG